GCCCCGGGAGCAGAGGGGUGUUGGCUGACAGCGAGUGGAGCGGAGUCGGGGCAGCUCUGCCUGCCACAGGCCACACACCUGCUGCUGGGACACUGCCGGCAGCCACUUGUGAACUCAGUGGCCCUGACGGGACAGCGCCUGGCUUUCUUCACGGGUCAUCUUCUGCUGGGAUUGGAGACAGAACCCCCAGUGGGGUCCAGGUGACCCCUUGGGAGAGGAUGGCCCACGGGGGAGGCUGUACUCGGAUGGCCUGGCUGCCCGUCCUGGUGGCAUCCCUGGUGUUCUGGUCCAGAGCGGAGGACACCAACUGCGGCGAGAACGAGUUCUACAAUCAGACCACAGGGCUGUGCCACGAGUGUCCCCAGUGUGUGCCGGGGGAGGAGCCCUACCUGUCCUGUGGCUACGGCACUAGAGACGAGGACUACGGCUGCGUCCCCUGCCCCGCGGAGAAGUUCUCCAAGGGCGGCUACCAGAUCUGCAGGCGCCACAAGGACUGCGAGGGCUUCUUCCGUGCCACGGUGCUGACGCCGGGGGACACGGAGCACGACGCCGAGUGCGGGCCCUGCCUGCCUGGGUACUACAUGUUGGAAAACAGGCCACGGAACAUCUACGGCAUGGUCUGCUACUCCUGCCUGCUGGCGCCCCCCAACACCAAGGAAUGUGUGGGAGCCACCUCGGGAGUUUCUGCCAACUUCCCACGCACGCCCAGCAGCAGUACCCUGUCCCCGUCCCAGCUCGCCCACAAAGCAGAGCUCUUGGGCCAAGGACACCUGGCCACGGCCCUGGUCAUCGCCAUGUCCACCAUCUUCACCAUGGCCGUCGCCAUCGUCCUCAUCAUCAUGUUCUACAUCCUGAAAGCCAGGCCGGCCGCCCCAGCCUGCUGCCCCAGCCCCCCCGUGAAGAGCCCGGAAGCCCCCAUGAGCGAGGAAGAGGAGAAGAAAGAGGCCCAAGAAAACGUGGUGAUUUUCUCUGAGAAGGAUGAAUUCGAGAAGCUGACGGCAGCUCCGGCAAAGUCGGCCAAGAGCGAGAACGAUGCCUCAUCCGAGAAAGAGCAGCUGCUGAACCGGAGCCUGGACAGCGACGAGGAGCCGGCCCCUGAUGUGCAGGGCCCCCCGGAGCUGUGCCUGCUGUCCCUGGUCCACCUGGCCAGGGAGACGUCGGCCACCGCCACCAAGGCGGCUGGGAUUCAAAGCCGAAGGAAGAAGAUACUGGACGUGUACGCCAACGUGUGUGGCAUCGUGGAAGGCCUCAGCCCCACGGAGCUGCCAUUCGACUGCCUGGAGAAGACCAGCCGGAUGCUCAGUGCCACGUACAACUCAGAGAAGGCCGUGGUCAAGACGUGGCGCCACCUGGCCGAGAGCUUCGGGCUCAAGCGGGACGAAAUCGGGGGUAUGACUGACGGCCUGCAGCUCUUUGACCGCAUCAGCACAGCUGGCUACAGCAUCCCAGAGCUGCUCACCAAGCUAGUGCAGAUUGAGCGGCUGGACGCCGUGGAGUCCCUGUGCGCAGACAUCCUGGAGUGGGCGGGGGUCCCACCUCCCGCCGCACCUCCGCCCCCCGCGUCUUGA